UGUAUCCCAUUCUUCACCUCCAUUGGUCAGAUGACGGACCUGCUGUUCACAGAGAAGGACCUGGUCACCUCUCUAAAGGACUACAUCAAAGCUGAGGAAAGCAAGCUGGAGCAGGUCAAACAGUGGGCUGAGAAGCUGGACUCGCUGACCCUGACUGCCACGCAGGACCCCGAGGGCUUUCUAGGUCACCCAGUAAACGCCUUCAAACUGAUGAAGAGGCUCAACACAGAGUGGGGCGACCUGGAGAACCUCGUCCUGAAGGACAUGUCUCAACGGUUCAUCUCCAACCUGACCAUCCUGAGGCAGAACUUCCCCAACAAGGAUGACGAGACAGGAGCGGCCAAAGCUCUGCUCCGACUGCAGGACACCUACAAACUGGACACACACUCCAUCUCUACGGGCAACCUGCCAGGCGUAGACCAGGGCAAACUGCCCUACAAGAGCACCAUGACGGUGGAGGACUGCUUCGAGCUGGGCAAGGUUGCCUACUCGGAGUCGGACUACCACCACACGGAGCUGUGGAUGGCCCAGGCACUACGGCAACUGGACGAGGGGGAGGAGACUGAGGUGGACGCGGCCGCUGUGCUCGACUACCUCAGCUACUCCGUCUAUCAGCAGGGGGACCUGGAGACCGCGCUGGACUACACAAGGAGGCUGCUGCUGCUCGACCCGGAUCACCAGCGGGCUAAUGGUAACCUGAAGUACUUUGAGUACCAGCUGGCCAAACGGAGGGAGGCGGAGGAGGGCGAGAAAGCGAAGGAGGACGGCAUGAGGGAAGAGGGGAGGGCGGAGAGCUUAUCACGCUGAGGGCAACUUCCAGCCCGAAGAGGAAGCACGAAAUACCUGUGCAGAGGAGAGGGUCUGAAGAUGACUCCUCGUAGACAGAGCCGUUUGUUCUGCCGUUACUUUGACAACAACCGCCAUCCGCGCUACAUGAUUGGCCCAGUGAAGCAGGAAGAUGAGUGGGACCGCCCCCACAUUGUCCGGUUCCAUGACAUUGUUAGUGACGUCGAGAUCGCUAAGGUCAAACAGUUGGCCAAACCGCGGCUGGCGAGAGCCACCAUCUCCAACCCCAUCACAGGUGUGCUGGAGACCGCCCCCUACCGCGUCAGCAAGAGUGCAUGGUUAGUUGAGAAUGAGCAUCCUGUGGUGGACCGGAUCAACCAACGGAUAGAAGAUCUCACAGGGCUAGAGGUCAGCACAGCAGAGGACCUCCAGGUGGCUAACUAUGGAGUGGGAGGCCAAUAUGAGCCUCACUAUGACUUUGGCCGUAAAGAUGAGCCUGAUGCCUUUAAGGAGUUGGGCACAGGAAACCGCAUAGCCACAUGGCUCCUCUAUAUGAGCGAUGUGGCAGCAGGGGGCGCCACAGUCUUCACUGAAGUGGGCGCCGCAGUCAGACCCAUGAAGGGCACAGCAGUGUUCUGGUAUAAUCUCUUCCCCAGUGGCGAGGGGGACUACAGCACACGCCAUGCUGCCUGCCCAGUACUGGUGGGCAACAAGUGGGUGUCUAAUAAGUGGAUCCAUGAGCGGGGCCAGGAGUUCCGGAGACGUUGCGGUCUUGAUGAGCUGGACCGAAACAGCCCCGUUCUUCCUCACCUUCUUCAUCAUCUUGUGUGAUCUGGGUCCUUCUGAAGUGCUCUUCUCUCACCCCUCCUCUGUCUGACCACACACACACACACACACACCAUUCAUCCAUGGCGUUCACCUUUUACAGUCACCCCCCACCAUGUGAUUUGUCACAUUUAUUUUUAUCCUGGACAGGAGUGUGUGUAAGAGAGAGAAUGUGCACACGUGUGAGUCUGUUUUUGUGUGUUCACGUGUGUGUUCACGUGUGUGUGUGUGUGUGUGUGUCGUUUCAGUGCCUCUGUCUCUGUACCAACCUCCUAAAUUUUAAUUUUCUACAUUCAUGUCUUACCAAACUCCACACAACACUCCCUUCUUUUUAACUCUACUGGAGUUAACACUCCAUGCUUUUAACUCUUUGGAAAUGAACACUCCACACUUUUAACUCUAUGGAAAUUAACACUCCGCACUUUUAACUCUAUUGAAAUUAACACUCUACUCUAUAACUCAGUGAAAGUUAACUUCCUCCUAUUAUGAAUUCUGUGGAAGUCAACACUCCACUCUUAACUCUACAGGAGUUAAUACUCUUCUUUACAGAACUCUCUCUCUCUACACCACCCUUCUUCUACUUGAGUUGUGGUGAAUGGUGGUGAAAAAUGCCACAGCCUUUUCCUUUCCUAACUCCCUCCCCUAAAUUAACGAAUGUGCUGCCACACCUGUCCACUUCGGGGUCUACGGCCCCUAGUUGGAGCUCCGCCUUUGCACUGUUUGUAUUGGUGUAGAAAUGUUAAACUAGAUGCCAGUCUUCCGGUCAUCCCCGCCCACUUACAUCGGAUGACCUGUGUCUGACUCAGCUGACACUGAACAGAUUAGCUGAAGGCCUCCAGGUACACUAGUCUUCUGUGUGUGUGUGUGUGUGUGUGUGUGUGUGUGUGUGUGUGUGUGUGUGUGUGUGGGAGAUUACUGCAGGAGCUUAAGUGGGUGAUUAUCUACUGGACUUGAGGGGGGGUGUUUGGCAGUGUGACAUACAGUCCCUCUGCGCUCUAGUGACAGGUCAGAUAUUUCCCUCCUCUCUCUCUCUGUCCAUCCCCCCCCCCCCUCUCUCUUCCCCCUCCUCCCUCUAGGAUCACUCUAUACCAGCCCUGAGGUCGUUCACUUCAGGACACUUGUAAACACGACCCUUUGAAGCCAAAAGUACAUUAUGUAUCUUUCUCCUUCCCC